GGCUGGGUUUCUGACAUGGUACAUCAGAGCCAAAGGUCUUGGGUUCAACUCCCAGUGCCAGCGCUGCAGAGGCGCUCGUGUCUUCCACCUAUCCCAGCGGGGGGGGGGGUGUUGAGUGACCCGCUGGGGUUGCCCUUGAGAUCCUCGGGAAAGGGCCACAGUUCACAUGCAGAAGCACAAUUUGUGUUCCUUUCUGUGCUCCCUUUCUUGUAGCUCCUCCACCAGUCCCAUCUUUCAGAUUCACAAGCCUGGGUGCAGUCACCCUGUAGCUAUUGCACAAUGGAUUCCGUACAAACCGCACUUAGUGAUGCCCAACGAAAGCUGCAACAGCUUGGCCCAGCGCCAGACGCCGCUGAUGUGGAUUUGGCAGAGAAGCGGAUGGUGGAGAUCGAGAGGCGCCUCGCCGCCACCCUGACUCAGCUGGACGUGGAGAGCCCCCCAGACUCAGUUAGUGGCCAGCAGUUCCUACUGCUUCAGGAGAAGCGCAAGGAAGUGGCGCGGGAGGAGGCGGAGGAGCAGAAGCGUCCGCACAUGGCGCUGUUGGAGCGCCACCGGCAGGUGCUGCAGCUGCAGGAGGUCGUGCAGCUGGCGCAGGCCGCGCUGGCGGGGGGAGAUGACGCAGCAGGGGAGGCGGACGGGCAGAGUUUGUCGCAGGCGAUAGCAGCAGUGGGUGCGGGCGCUGACACUGGGCCUCGCAGCGCGCGGUACCUGAAGGCGGCGCGGGACAGGGGCGUGCUGCAGGCGAUGCAGGCGGCGGCAGCGGAGAGCAAGGAGAGCCUGGACCUCAGCAACCGCUGCAUCGACUGGCUGCCGGAACCGCUGGCGCGGCUGGGCAGCGUGAAGGUCGUCGACCUGUCAGGCAACCAGAUCGAGGUGCUGCCAGACGUGCUGGGAGGACUGACCUCGCUCACCUCUCUCAACCUGCAUGCCAACCGCCUCUCCACGCUGCCCGCGUCCAUCGGGCUGCUGUCCGCCAUGCAGUCCCUGGACGUUUCCACCAACUGCCUGCAGCGCCUGCCAGACUCCAUCGUCAACUGCAGUGCGCUCACCUCUUUGAACCUCAACUUCAACAACCUGGAGAAGCUGCCUGACCGCUUUGGCUCGGGCAUGCCUCAUCUGACCCGCCUUUCCCUGGCGCUCAACAAGCUCACGGGCAUGCCCGAUUCCAUUGGCGACCUGGCGUCGCUCACCUUCCUCGACCUGCACUUCAACCGCCUGCAGUCGCUGCCGUCCACCAUCGCGCACCUCUCAGCGCUGCACACACUGCUCCUCUCCGACAAUUUCGCUGACCUCACUGACCUGCCGCCCGCCCUGGGCCGCCUGUCGUCUCUGCGGCACCUGGACGUGCGCAACAACCAGGUGCACGCGCUGCCCGUGGAGAUGGGGCGCCUCACCGCACUGGAGCGCCUGCAGCUGGAGGGCAACCCGUGGCAGAGCCCCCCGCUGGACCUGGUGCAGUGCAACGACACGUACCUCGUGAAGCUCUUCCUCGCUGACCGCCUGCGCGAGCAGCAGCAGCUCGCAGACGCUGCUGUGGGGUCGGCGUCAUGGAUGGCAUGGUUUGGCAGCCUGCUGCGUGACCUGACGUUUGUGCAGUGGCUCAACUCGGUGAUGGCCGGGACUCCCAUGGGCAGCCUCGCUGGCCCCAACGUGCUAGGGCUCGAGGCAGCAGGCAGCGCUCACAACGGCGUGGAGAUCCCCCUCACUGGUGCGGGCUCACAGCAGGCGCUGGUGAAUGCAGCAGAGAAUGGAGGACAGGCGGGAGCAGGCAAGGGACAGGAUGUGGUGCUGCACAUGGGGUGACAUGGAUGCAAGUGCUUUGUCUUCCAUCCAGACUGCUCUUGCAUGCCCAGCUAAUAAACUCCGCUAUUCUGAGGCUGUAUACCAUAGCUCUUGUUAUGUUUAUACUCUGGAAAUUGGCCAUUGCUGCAUGGAUGGUGUAGUAGUGUAGUUGAAACGUGUAUGAGCUAAGUUGU